AUGUAUCUUAUCCAGGGUGACGGCCUAAUUGUGGUUAAAGUUGAAGAUAAAGAUUCGUUCUUUGAGAAUGAUGAGUCGUAUGGACAACGCAUCGAGAUGGAGAAGGACAUCACAUGGAGUUCACGAGGAGAAAAACCCAAUACCUCAAAUCUCCAUCCAGUCCUUCUGUCAUCUGGUCCCUCUACACCUGGGGGGAGUUCUCCCCAUCCCCCACCUCCUGUCACCUAUCAUCCAGAUCAUGGAGUGUGUUAUGUGUGUGGGAAAGGCUUUACCAGCAAAGAUACCCUCACCAUAUACCACCGAUCUUACUCAGGGCAGAAGCCAUGUUCUAUAUGCAGGAAAUGUUUUUUUGUACAAUUGUUCUUGAUUAAUGAAGAAAGAGCCGAUACCGGGGAGAAGCCAUACUGGUGUCCAGAAUGCGGGAAAUGUUUCAGCCAGAAGUCAAAUCUUACUUACCACUUCCGGAUCCAUACAGGCGAGAAGCCGUAUUUCUGUUCCCAGUGCGGCAAAUGCUUUACCACGAACACCCAUCUCCUCCGACAUCAGAAAACGCACACCGGGGUCAAGUCGCAUUCAUGCGAGGAGUGCGGGAAAAGCUUUACUGAGAGUUCCACUCUGAUCAUCCACAAGAGAAGCCACACGGGAGAGAAGCCGUUUCCGUGCUUGGAAUGCGGGAAAUGUUUUGCCGAGAGUUCGGCUCUUGAUAAGCACAACAGGACUCACACCGGGGUGAAGCCGUAUUCGUGUUCGGAAUGUGGGAAAUGUUUCGCCGGGCACUCGGCUCUGGUUUAUCACAAGAGGACUCACAGCGGGGAGAAGCCGUAUUCGUGUUUGGAGUGCGGGAAGCGCUUUACCGAGAGCUCAGCUCUUGGGAAACAUAUGAGGUCUCACACGGGGGAGAAGCCCCGAAACGAAGAAAACGCCUCAAGCUGA